UUCUCUCCCCGGCUCCCUGCUGUGUUUUGGGGUUUGUUUUUUCUUCCUUUUGAUGAUUAGUUGGUUAGCUGAGAGAACUGGAAGGAAAGUGCUAGGUGUUUCAUAGGAACUGGGGCGGGAUGGGGGGGACCAACUCCUCUCUUCCUGAUGGAAGGUUAGUGUCCCUUGCCACUGUGGGAUGUUGGAUCCUCCCUGCCACAGUUGCCCUGGUGAUGACUUAGGGUUUUCCAUCUGCGUACAUUGCACCUUGAACCUGAUCCUGACAAGAAACACCUUAGACCUUCUGCCAACUCUCUCGCUGCUUCAGAUGUUUUUAUAACUAGGAUUUUCACGUACACAUGUGUGCAUGAUAUACACACACAUACACACAUGGAGCACGCACAUGCCUUCCUACUCUGUUACUUGAUGCCCUUUCCUCCCGCCCUGCCCUGCCUCCCUCCCUCCAUCCCUCUUUGUCUCACUCACACCCUCCCCCCCCCACCCCGUUUAGAAGGUGAUAGAUGUCUUAGUCCUCAUCCACCAGGGCCCACUAUCUCCUGGUAUUGUAGCUUCUUGGUGCCUGAGGCUGGUGAGUUGGAGGAGAGCUGAGAGAUGAGAAGCAGAGGGAGUGGGGAAGGCCCCUUCCUCUGUGACUCGGGUCCUUCUGGGCAUUUUUGCAAAGGCUGGUCCUCUGAAUCCUGGUUUCCUCUUCCCAGACCAGUUGUAAAUUGGGGUGGAGGAGUCUGCAGCUGUGAGGCCAGAUGCUGCUGCUCCUACUGGGCUUUCCCUUUGGGAAAAAUGUUUUCUUAUUUAUAGUAUUGUGCUUCCAGGGAAAGCGGUCACUUUGUGUGUGUGUGUGUGUGUGCGCCUUCACACAUGCAUGUACACAGUGUGUGUAUGUGGAAAUCUGUUGGGCAAGUCAGAACCGUAGAAGAAUUGCCUCUUAUCUCUCAAAUCUUCCAGAGAUAUCACUUGUUACAGCUUUUGUGUUAACCCUCAUCAAGCCCCCCUUUUUUAUUUCACCACUACUGGAGAGUCUGCUAGUGACUCUCAGUGUCUGUUUCUGACUUUUGUUCUUCCCUUGUCUCUGUCUUCCAACCUCCAAUCAUAUUUCCAUCUGGUUGCAUCAUUUUUGCUCCCAAUAUGCUAUAGAGGAGUUAGGAUGCUGUCUUCCCAUGAAUAGUACUCAGUAACAAACCAAUUGCAUUUUAGUUGGGCAGUGCCCUUACCCACCCUCAAAACCCCUUCCAGCUCAGACCCAUCCGUCCUCCCACCAUGUGUUUCUCAGUUUCCCUUUUUGUUUAUUGGAUUGUUCCCAUGCCCUUCCUCCUCACCCUACCACCCUUGGAUCGUAAUGUAAAAUCCUCUUACCAUGUGAAGAAAUUAUUAAAAAUGCAGGUACUUUGACCUCUUUCUAAAGCCGCAGACCCUGAUGCGAUGCUCUGGUGGCCAGGGACAUACCCACACAUACGUGUGUGCACAUUGGGACACCGACCUCCACGUAUACCUCCAGCCACCCUGUUGGGUGUCUUUAUACCAAUUGAGCUGCCUCUUUUCUCUGGAAUAAUGGAAAGACUGAGGCUUCUGCCUACCAAGAGGCAAGGGUGGGUCCUUCAUUUGUGUUCAAUCUGAAUUAAAUGAAAGUUAGUUCUUCCCAAACCUAAGCUGCCUUUUACCCUCACAAGAUCCCAGCUCCUUCCUUCCUUCCCCUGUGAUACCCAUGAACUGCCAGUAGAGGCUGCUCUAGUUCCAUGUGUGGGGAAUCACCUGGUUCAAGGCACACCCCACCCCGUCAUUUUCUUUACUUUAUACUAAUACCUCCCUCUGAAUAAUGUCUUAAGUUUCUUGAGGAGAUGCCAGGAACUCCUGGGUUUUGGUUUUCAAACGACUUCGAGGGUUGUCUAGGACCUUAGCUGCCUCUGAAAUAAAGUUUCCUUAACUUCCACCUUGCAGAUUAGCGUUCUGAUAUCCAGUGGUCUGGUAUCCAUUGUCUCUACAAAAAAAGAUUUAAGGUCUUGAACAAUGGAGGAACAUCUGCUCUAUUCUGUUUCAGAGAUCAGUACCUGUAGCUGACAGUUUUCGAGUGCCUACCCCGUGUCUGCUCUAUUCUGUUUCAGAGAUCAGUACCGGUAGCUGACAAUUUUUGAGUGCCUACCCUGUGUCAGGCUCUGUUAAGCACUUUACUUGCGUGAUCACAUUUACUCUCCAUGAAUCUCUAGGGUAGUUUUAUCCCUUCUUUAUAGGUGAGGACACUGAGACUCAUGAUAAGUAACUCCCCUGAGGUCAUUCAGCUGAGGGGCCUGCGAUUGGUGUAUAGAUCCGACUGCUACGCCCAGGCCUUCACCACGCCUUUCUUACCGACUAGGUGGAAGAGGCCUGAGACUACAGAUCAAGGGCUUGGCCUUAGGCAUCUGGCAGAACACAGUGCUUACUGCUGAACUGGGCAGCGGAUCCUGGAAAUACUGGGGGGUAGUGGCUGCCAGGAGGUAGGAAAGUGGACUUGAUUGGGCAUCUGAGAUUUACAUUCUCCCUCAGACCCAUUCUGGGUGGAAGGUGGAGAGUUUAAUGCAUAUACAGAUGCCCUCUAAUCUGGUCUAAGUGAUGGAUGUCGGUAGUAGGUACUGACCUUGCUGCUGGGAGGGAGUUCAGGGAUGGGGGGGGGCUGUGCACGUGGAAGUAGUACCUUGAGCCAAACCACAGAACAGAAAAUUGGAGCAGAAUUAUAUAAAUCAAGGUCAGAAAUUUCCCGUCCAACCCACAGGGUGGAGUUUUCGCUAUUCCUAUCCAUCCUACUGAAUAUAAACCCUGAUUUGAUGUCAGUAACUAGAAGGAGCAGCUGGUGGGACUCUCACUUCAGCUCAGCAUUCGCCAUGAACUUCAAGGUAGUCCUCGUGUUCCUGGCACUGUCCCUCAUUACCAUCUUUGCCCUGGCCUAUGUCCUGCUGACCAGCCAAGGUGGCUCCAGCCAGCCUCCCCGCUGCCCCUCUGUAUCCUACAGGGCCCAGCCCUGGACACACCCUGGCCAGAGCCAGCUGUUUGCAGACCUGAGCCGAGAAGAGCUGACGGCUGUGAUGAGCUUCCUGACCCAGCAGCUGGGCCCACGCCUGGUGGAUGCAGCCCAGGCCCAACCCUCAGACAACUGCGUCUUCUCAGUGGAGCUGCAGCCGCCCCCCAAGGCUGCAGCCCUGGCCCACCUGGACAGGGGGCGCCCCCCGCCUGCCCGGGAGGCACUGGCCAUCGUCUUCUUUGGCGGACAGCCCCAGCCCAACGUGACUGAGCUGGUGGUGGGGCCGCUGCCGCACCCCUCCUACAUGCGGGAUGUGACUGUGGAGCGUCACGGGGGCCCCCUGCCCUAUCACCGACGCCCCGUGCUGGGAACUGAGUCUGCCCAGAUGUGGAAGCACUUGAAAGAGGUGGAGCUCCCCAAGGCACCCGUCUUCCUGGCUUCUGUCUUCAGCUACAAUGGCUCCACCUUGGCAGCUCUGCACGCCACCCCUCGUGGCUUGCGCUCAGGGGACCGUGCUACCUGGAUGGCCCUCUACCAUAACAUCUCAGGUGUUGGGAUUUUUCUUCACCCCGUGGGGCUCGAGCUACUGCUGGACCACAGGGCCCUGGACCCUGCCCACUGGGCUGUCCAGCAGGUCUUCUACCUUGGGCACUACUAUGCAGACUUGGGUCAGUUGGAAUGGGAGUUUAAGGCUGGCCGGCUGGAAGUGGUUAGAGUUCCUCUACCCCGGCCAGAUGGGGCCUCAUCCCUGCGUUCCCGGGUCUCCCCAGGUCCUCUUCCCCCUCUUCAGUUCUCACCUCAGGGCUCCCGAUACAGUGUACAGGGGAACCUGGUGGCAUCCUCCCUCUGGACGUUUACCUUUGGCCAUGGGGUGUUCAGUGGCAUGAGGAUCUUUGAUGUCCGGUUCAAGGGUGAGCGAGUGGCCUAUGAAGUGAGUGUCCAGGAGUGCGUGUCUGUCUAUGGUGCCGACUCACCCAAGACGAUGAUGACCCGAUACCUGGACAGCAGCUAUGGACUUGGCCGUCACAGCCGGGGCUUGGUGCGGGGAGUGGACUGCCCGUAUCAGUCUACCAUGGUGGACAUCCACGUGUUAGUGGGCAGAGGGGCAGUGCAGCUGCUCCCGGGGGCUGUGUGUGUGUUUGAGGAGGCCCAGGGGCUACCCCUCCGAAGGCACCACAAUCACCUCCAGAGUCAUUUCUAUGGUGGUUUGGCUGGCUCGGCCCUUGUAGUCAGGUCUGUGUCCUCUGUAGGCAACUAUGACUACAUUUGGGACUUUGUAUUGCACCCAAAUGGGGCACUUGAAGGGCGGGUCCAUGCCACGGGCUACAUCAACACAGCUUUCCUGAGCCGGGGAGAGGAGAGCCUCCUCUUUGGGAACCGCGUGGGGGAACAAGUGCUGGGGGCGGUGCACACACAUGCCUUCCACUUCAAGCUGGACCUGGAUGUGGCAGGGCUGAAAAACUGGGUGGUAGCUGAAGACGUGGUGUUUAAACCUGUGGCAGCCCCUUGGAGUCCGGAGCACCAACUGCAACGCCCACAGCUGACUCGGCAGGUCCUGGGAAGGGAGGACCUGACAGCUUUUUUUUGGGGGAGUCCCCUUCCCCGCUACCUGUACCUGGCUAGCAACCAGACUAAUGCCUGGGGUCACCAGCGCGGGUACCGAAUCCAGAUCCACAGCCCUCUCGGCAUACACAUGCCCCUGGACAGCGACAUGGAGAGGGCCCUCAGCUGGGGGAGAUACCAGCUUGUGGUGACCCGCAGGAAGGAGGAGGAGUCACAGAGCAGCAGCAUCUAUUACCAGAAUGACAUCUGGACACCCACUAUGGCCUUUGCUGACUUCAUCAACAAUGAGACCCUCUUAGGAGAGGACCUGGUGGCUUGGGUUACAGCCAGCUUCCUGCACAUCCCCCAUGCUGAGGAUGUCCCCAACACAGUGACGCUGGGGAACAGAGUUGGCUUCUUGCUCCGACCCUAUAACUUCUUUGAUGAGGACCCCUCCAUCUUCUCCCCUGGCAGCGUCUACUUUGAAAAGGGCCAGGAUGCUGGGCUCUGCAGUGUCAAUCAUGUGGCCUGCAUCCCCCACCUGGCGGCCUGUGUCCCAGACCUACCCGCUUUCUCUUACCCAGACCUGUAGCCCUGAGUGUGUGGUAGGACAUGGGCAGGGUGGGGGGUGCUGAGACAUGUACCUUCUUCUCUGUUCCCACUUCCUGCUCCCCUGACACUGGACCCUUGGGAAACAGCCUCCUAUCACAUAAACCCCCAUAAAUCCUUUUGGUUAAUUCAUAUUUCCAGUUCAUUUUUUUUAAAUGAUGGAUUUAUGCAAAUGAUGUUGUUAUUAAAAUGUUCAAGCAAAAACACCACAAAUCCUACCACUCAAACAGCUAGUAUUCACAUUUGGUGAAUGUGGUACUAGACAUUUCUUUAUGCAUGUGCAUUGAAAUGGAAGAAUAGAUAGAAUUUUGUAAAAACGGAUGGUGUGUGUAAUUUAUAAUAAAAAGUAUUACAAGACUUUUACUUG